CCUGUUAUUGCUGACUUCAUUUCCGUGCGUCGUUUCCAGCAGAGGUGAAAGACACAGGCACAUUGAGCGGAGAUUUGAGCUUUAUUUCGGAUUCAGUGUCGGAUUCAUCAGCAAAAUCUGGAUUAAUUUCGGCUAAGUGAUCAGUGGACAUUAUCGCGGAGGACACGGAACUGAAAUAAGAACAAACCGAAGCACAAGAGUGGAGGAAUGCGGCGAGUAACCUCGUUUCUCACAGAAGUGAAAGAGAAUUCCAACUGAAACUAAUUUUAAUUACAAUAUUAAUAGUCUAUGACUCAUGUAUUAUAACAUAUAGGAUUAUUACAAUAAUAACUUCAGUUACAAGAUUUAUACACAAGCCUUAACAUUCAUAUAAAGUUAAUCAAAACAAUUCAGCGCGACGUCACGGAGUCAGACUAAAAGUAUCCGUUUGUUUUUAUAUAAGAUCCAUAUCAGCAGAUCGUGUUAUAUUAAUAACCAGUACAAUGGCACUUGGUCAGAUUGAAACUCUACACUGGUGUCAUAUAUGAGCUGUAGAGCUCAGGCAGGUGUUUUUAAUGGGAGGCGGAUUGAUCUGCUCUGAGAUCAGUGGGCGAAUCUUGCACAGAUGGCGGAGGUACCGGCUCUGGCCCGGUUGGAGUCCUUGGCCCGGUAUGUUCACAAAGCAGCCAGCGAGGGGAGAGUCCUGACCCUGGCAGCCCUGCUCCUGAACCACUCCACCGUCCAGACCCGAUACCUGUUGGAGUAUGUGACCCAGGUGGCCGGACAGAGAUCCACUCCUCUCAUUAUCGCGGCUCGGAACGGACAUGACAAGGUGGUCCGGCUACUUUUGGACCAUUACAAGGUGGACACUGAGCAGACUGGGACUGUCAGAUUUGAUGGGUAUAUUAUCGAUGGCGCCACGGCUCUUUGGUGUGCAGCCGGCGCUGGUCAUUUCGAGGUGGUGCGUUUGCUGGUUUCCCAUGGCGCUAACGUGAACCACACCACCCUCACCAACUCCACCCCCCUCAGGGCUGCGUGCUUCGACGGACGGCUGGACAUCGUACGCUACCUUGUGCAGCACAAGGCCGACAUCAGCAUCGCUAACAAAUACGACAACACUUGCUUGAUGAUCGCCGCCUAUAAGGGCCACAGCGAUGUUGUUUACUUUCUACUCGAACGCGGCGCUAAUCCCAACGCUAAGGCUCACUGUGGAGCCACCGCAUUGCAUUUUGCCGCCGAAGCCGGGCAUCUGGACAUCGUUAAGGAGCUUGUGCGAUGCCAAGCGGCUAUGGUGGUUAACGGGCACGGCAUGACACCGCUAAAAGUGGCGGCGGAAAGCUGCAAAGCGGAUGUGGUAGAGCUGCUACUUUCCCACGCGGAUUGUGACGCGCACAACCGAAUUGAAGCGUUAGAGCUUCUAGGAGCGUCUUUCGCUAACGACCGUGAGAAUUACGACAUUCUUAAGACUUACCACUACUUGUACCUUGCCAUGCUGGAACGUUACCGUGAUCCGCAGAACAUCAUCGCUAAAGAGUGGCUGUCGCCUGUUGAGGCGUACGGAGGGAGAACCGAAUGCCGGGCGUUGCAAGAGUUGGAGGCCAUUCGACACGACAGGGAUGCGCUGCACAUGGAAGGCCUGAUGAUCCGCGAGCGAAUUCUGGGUUCGGAUAACAUUGACGUUUCGCAUCCCAUUAUAUACCGCGGCGCUGUCUACGCCGACAACAUGGAGUUCGAUCAGUGCAUCAAGCUGUGGCUUCACGCGUUGUACCUCCGCCAGCAAGGAAACCGCAACACCCAUAAAGACCUUUUGAGGUUUGCGCAAGUGUUCUCGCAAAUGGUGCACUUGAAAGAACCGGUCCGCGCGUCGGAUGUGGAGCACGUUUUGCGCGCGAGCGUUCUUGAGAUCCGACGCAGCAUCUCGCGAAUGCAAACCGCUACGGAGGCGGAGUUACCGGCCGCCAACGAUAACUACGAAUCUAACGUGUUUACAUUCCUCUACCUGGUUUGCAUCUCCACCAAAACGCAGUGCGGCGAAGAGGAACGAGCACGGAUAAACAAACAGAUCUAUGACUUAAUACGCCUGGAUCCACGUUCCCGCGAGGGCUCGUCGCUUUUGCACUUAGCGGCGAGCUCAGGUACGCCCGUAGACGACUUCCACACCAACGACGUUUGUAGUUUUCCUAACGCGCAAGUUACCAAGCUGCUCAUAGACUGUGGCGCGCAAGUGAACGCCGUGGACAAUGAAGGAAACAGUCCUCUGCAUCUCAUAGUGCAAUACAACCGUCCCAUUAGCGACUUCUUGACCCUCCACGCCAUCAUCAUCAGCCUCGUCGAAGCCGGUGCUCAUACGGACAUGACCAACAAACAAAAGAAGACGCCUCUUGACAAGAGCACAACGGGCGUUUCCGAAAUCCUUCUGAAGACGCAAAUGAAGAUGAGUCUGAAAUGCCUGGCGGCUCGUGCCGUGCAGCAACAUCACAUCUUGUAUCGGGACCAGAUUCCCAAAAGCCUGGAGGAGUUUGUUGAAUUUCACUGACCUCUACUUUUAUUUUCCCAUCAAAUCUGGUUUAAUGCUUUCGGAGUUUGAUUUAACUUGUGAAACGAUGCUGAAGACUCUUGAUUUGAGCUUGUUUACGUACUUGGCACGGAUUAUAAGUCUACAAUAUGUCCCUAAUAUGCUUGUCGAUCCAUUUGGGAGAUGUUAAAUCUGACUGCUAAAUUUUUCCCAAAGUAACUGGAGUCUCCGGUUUCAUCCUGGUUCUUUUUUUUUUUUUUUUUAAUCAAAAUAAAGAGGGUGAUGAUGAUAGAUAAAGACCCUUAUUUAGAAAAUGUCUUUUUGACGAACAGCAUUUUUAUUGUGUUGAACUUUAGUCAUCAUGACAAUGUGAACAGCUCUUUUUUUUAUAAGCUGCUCUUUUGUCAACCUUUUUAGAUUUGUUUGGUUUUCUUAACAUAUUUUAUAAAGGUUUAUUUAAAACAGAGUCUAACAUGUCUAUUUUAUAAGGAAUCAAUAGCUGAGUGUUGAUAUCCUAAAGCUGAACUUUGUGCCAGGCGAUUUCUUUUAUUUGAAUAUUAAAAUGUGCCUGUAACCAGAAGUUGGACAUUUAUCAUUAUUAUUUUUAAUGUAACUCUUUUUAAUGGCUUCUCUUUUUUUUAUCACAUCACCACUGUAAAGCCAAUUAGCAAGUCUGUAAUUCUGACUUGUGUUAAUGAACAUUUGCUGGAGCUCUUUUGGAGUAACGGGGCCUUAUUCUGGAAGGUGCUGUUGUGUGAGUGUGUGAGAAGCUUAUCUUCCCUCUUUUAUCUCUGUGUGUGUGUGUGCUUGAAUGUGGCCGAAUCUGAAUGUGGAGGUUUUUAACCCUCUGUGUUUGCAUCAUGUUUUAUUCUUUAAUUACUGGGGAUUGUCCAACGUGUUUUUAUUUCCAAACCAAGUUAAAUAAGAUUAAAAACGUCAAUUAAAGAUGCA